CAUGCCCGUCACUUCAUCCCUCCCCAACCUCCUCUCCCUCCUCCUCAGUCCUCUCCAGCCGUCUUCGCCUUCCUCCCGCCCGCCGCCGACGCCUCUGCUCUGGAGCUCGUGACCGGAGGAUAAUGAGCGUGAAUCCUGGAGGCUGCUACACCGUAUUCAUCGCCAACAAGAGCUUCUACUUCUGGAUCUUCCAAAUCUUCAACAGAUACGGCCUCCUCUCCACCUGACUCCAUUCCGCCUCCUGGAUUCUAGAUCUCUAGUCCUGCCUCGAGUAUUUGUGAUCGGCAGUUGACGCUACAUAUACACAUACAUACACACAGUUAUUAGCUAGUCACAGCGCAAGCUUAAGUAGCAUCAUCUGCUCCUCCUGAGUUGGGUUGGGCUGGGUUACUGUUGGAUCGAACUGCCCAAGAUAUUUGAAUUGGCUGCAAGUUUCACACAAGCAAGCAAGCAACGAGCAUGGGCACCAUGACCCUGCCGCCCGGCUUCAGGUUCCGCCCCACCGACGACGAGCUCGUCAGCUACUACCUCAAGCGGAGGGUCGACAACCUCAAGAUCGAGCUCGAGGUCAUCCCCGUCAUCGACCUCUACAAGUGCGAGCCAUGGGAGUUGCCAGAGAAGUCGUUCCUGCCCAAGAGGGACCUGGAGUGGUUCUUCUUCGUGCCGCGGGACCGCAAGUACCCCAACGGGUCGCGCACCAACCGGGCCACCACCACGGGCUACUGGAAGGCCACCGGCAAGGACCGCAAGGUGUCGUGCGACGGCGGCGCCGUGUGCGGCGUCAGGAAGACGCUGGUGUUCUACAAGGGCCGGGCCCCCGGCGGCGAGCGCACCGACUGGGUGAUGCACGAGUACCGCCUCUGCCAGGACCUCCUCCACGGCGCCUCCAACUUCAUCGGCGCCUACGCGCUCUGCCGCGUCAUCAAGCGCACCGAGGCCGGCCUCCUCCACGGCGACGCGGCCGCCAAGGCGAGGCCGGGCCACCGGCAGAUGAGCAAGGUCGGGAGCAGCUCGUCGCUGGUCACCACGGACCAGCAGCUGGGCUCCCUCACGCCCAGCCCGCCGCGCCUCGACAUCGUCGGCAACGCCUUCCAGCUCCACAGCUCCCCCUCUCCCCUGUACGGAGGAGGAGGGGAGGUGGUGUCCGGCAUGGGCACGCCUCUGGGGUUCCCGCAGCAGGACGCCGCCGCCACAUUCUUCAUCGACGGCGACCUCGCCGGCGCAGGCGAGACGACGCAGUCGCACAUGCCCUUCUUCGGCGACAUGGGCGUGGUCUCGGACCACGAGCUCAGAUGGGACACCUUGCCGCCCUGCGCCAACAGCACCUUCUCCACCACCGCCGGCGCGAUGGAGCUGUGGAACCCGGCGGCACCGAACGCCGCCGCCCCGAUGCUGUGCAGGGAGGCGAGCGACGACCUGGCGGCGUUUUUCUCGUCCUUGGACGAGAACAACAUGGUGGUCUACUGAAGCUCUCGUUUCACACCCAAGAAAAGAUCGUAGUAAUUUCGGCAACAGAGGAAAUAAUUCCAGAAACCUAAUUGCUCUCGGCAACGGCGGUAUAUUUUCAGCCAGUGUACGGGGUCGUAUACCGUAUGAUAUGUAAGAGUACGUAGUAUUGCUACGCGCGCGCGUGUGUGUGUGUCUUGUACAGUUGUACUCGGAGUGACGGCCUAUUUUAGCACUGUCUUCUCUCGCUGUGGCACGACACUUCCAUCUCUUCCUUUACUGUGAUUCAGUCUCUGUACUAGCUGCUGCUGCUGCUGCAAUUUACGCAGCAAUAUGUUGUGCUCCCAUUUCGGGCGAUGUAAAAUUCCCCAUUGCUAUUAUACAA